UCUUUGACAAAUAUGUACAUUUAGUUCGGUAACCACGUGACCAGUUCAACCAAUCAGAGUUGAUGCGGAAAAACUCAUUGGUGUCUCUGAAGUCAACCUGCAAAUUCGUGAUUUGUUCUCUUCUUUAAAUCUAAAGUAAGCUACUGUUGUUUAUUAUGGACGGUGACUCGAGUGAAAUGAAAAAUAAGAGUGUUAACCGGAGAAGAAAGGACACAGAGGGGGCAGGUGGAAAGGUUGCUAAAAUAGAAACUGGAACUGAGUCUUACUUGGAUGAGUCACUGAAUCAGGGAAGUGUCCAUGAAGUCAUAACCUUCAAGACGUCUCAUCUUCCAGCAGAGCACUAUGAUCAGGACACAACCGAGCCUAUCAGCUCUGCCUUGAAGUCUUUAGAUGAGCUGCUUUCCUGGAAGAGCAGCAGUGCAAAUCCAUUCAACAAGGCCACCGUCCCACUGGAGAAAAGAUGGCCAUCACUGCAAGACACUCAGAUGAGGACUUUUGUCUGUCAUGACAUGAUGGGAGGCUACCUGGAGGACAGGUUUAUUCAAGGUGCAGAGGCGGACACACCGUACGUGUUCUAUCACUGGGAAUAUAUCGACAUCUUCAACUACUUCAGCCAUCAUAUGGUGACCAUCCCUCCAGCCAUGUGGACCAAUGCUGCUCAUAAACAUGGCGUGCUCUCAAUAGGCACCUUCAUCACGGAGUGGACAGAAGGAGGGAAGAUAUGUGAGGUUUUCCUGGCCGAAGAGGAGAAGUAUCGAUCCGUCGCUGAUAAGCUGGUGCAGAUUGCGCAAUGUUACGGGUUUGACGGAUGGCUCAUAAACAUAGAGAAUGUGCUGAGUCAAGGCUCUGUGAAACACCUGGCUCCAUUCCUGCGUUACCUCACUGACCAGAUGCAUGAGCAUGUUCCCAGCAGUUUGGUGAUCUGGUAUGACAGCGUUCUGGAGGACGGUAGUCUGAAAUGGCAAAACCAACUCAACAACAGCAACAGAGUGUUUUUUGAUGCAUGUGAUGGCAUUUUCACCAACUAUAACUGGACGGAGAGCAGUCUAGAGGACAUGGCGUCCGAUCCAGCAGCACAGGGGCGUCUGGCUGAUAUUUACGUCGGCAUUGAUGUGUUCGCAAGAGGAGACGUAGUAGGAGGAAAGUUUGAAACGAAUAAAGCUCUUGAGCUGGUUCGUAAACACAGACUUUCUACAGCCAUUUUUGCUCCUGGUUGGGUUUAUGAGUGCCACGACAAGGUGGAUUUCCGCAAGAACCAGGACAAAUUUUGGGGCUUGUUAUCACACUUCCUUUACAUUCACCAUCCUGAGUGUCCUCUUCCGUUUGUCUCAUCAUUCUGUCAGGGUUAUGGAAAUACUCUCUACAGGAGAGGGAAAGUAGAACAGAACAGAACCUGGAUGAACCUGAGUGCUCAGGAGCUGCAGCCUCUUUAUGUGACGGAGAAUUUGGAGGCAGGAGGCUGGUUUCAGACUCGAGGCUGCUCAGAGAAAGUGUGGACUGGAGGGAGUUCACUUCUCCUGGAAGGGACCAUGCCCAAAUCACUGUCUAAAAUCUGUGCCAGGAUAUUUUCACUCCACGUGCCAUUGGCCUCAAGGACGUUCAUCUUGUGCGUCUAUCAGCCGUCAGAAGGCGUGAAUAUCUCUUUAGAGCUCAAAACCACAGAUGCUGCUCUCAGCACACACGCAGCGAGUGAGGACAUGCCGAUCAGUGAUGUGAUUCCAGUGGGGUUAGAUGAAGAUCAUCAGCUGGUGAAGCAGUUCACUCAGAGCUAUGGAGAGCAGAAUGCAAACGGCUGGAUUACCAGGUGUUUCCUGCUGGAGAGGUCCGGUAGUACCCUCAGAGAGGUGUGUGUCAGCGUGUCCCGAACAGAAGCAGAAUCACAGGAUCUUCCGUUUAACUGUAGGAUUGGAGAGAUCAUGGUGUUAGAUACAGAGAGUCUCUUCAUGCCUCCAUUGCCCAUCCAGAACAUGUGUGUGUCCGAUGUGGUGUGGCACAGAGGAGAUGUUGAUGUCAGUGGAAAAGCUACAAAGGUAUUCCUGAAUGCUACACUUCACUGGCACUACCCGACUCACCUGCUGCGGUAUUUUCGUGUGUAUUGGCGUCACCUACGUGGUCCGGGUCCACGAGUCGGGUGUGGAGCACCCGUUCUUAUUGGCCGGGCGUAUUCAACAAUGUACCGUGUAGUAGAGCUUGACGUUGAACACACGGUUGGAGUGAUGGAGCUGCUGGUGGAGCCGGUGAGCAGAGACGGCUUCAGCUUGCCCGAGUCGCUCUGGGGGAGACAGGCCCUGAGCUACACACCAUCCUCUGAUAUAUGAACAUACACUUAAACACAAAGAUUGUAUUAGUAAACUGUAAGUGUGUGCAUACAGUAAAUAACAUCAUUUGGAGGUAUUUUUGUAUCGUUCCUAUCUUUCAAAGACAUUUUGAGUGAUUUAUAAAUAAAAUACUUUCACCUGA